UGAAGAAGAGGAGGAACUGGCACAGACAUGACUACACAGAGUUGGAUGAUGGUUCUAAACCAGUGCAGGCUGGAACACGGACCUUCGUUAAACAGCUGCGGGCUCGCUCUUUCCCAAGUGCUGAUGAAGUCAUUUUGAAAAUGCAUGGAAGCCAGCUGACACAAAGAUACUUGGAGAAACAUGGGUUUGAUGUCCCCAUUAUGGUUCCUAAAUUAGAUGGUCUGGGGCUCAGACUUCCUCCGCCAACUUUCUCUGUUUUAGAUGUGGAACGCUAUGUAGGUGGUGACAAAGUGAUAGAUGUAAUAGAUGUAGCAAGGCAAGCAGACAGUAAAAUGAAGCUCCAUAAUUAUAUAAAAUAUUUCACAAAUCCUGAUCGACCAAAAGUAUUGAAUGUGAUCAGCCUGGAAUUCUCAGACACAAAGAUGUCUGAACUAGUGGAAGUACCAGAUAUUGCCAGAAAGCUUUCAUGGGUGGAAAAUUAUUGGCCAGAUGAUUCUGUCUUCCCUAAGCCUUUUGUUCAGAAGUAUUGCUUGAUGGGUGUCCAGGACAGCUAUACUGAUUUUCAUAUUGAUUUUGGAGGAACAUCGGUUUGGUACCACGUUCUCUGGGGUGAGAAGAUAUUCUAUUUGAUCAAGCCCACAGAUGAAAAUUUGGCUCUCUAUGAGUCUUGGAGUUCAUCUGUGACCCAGAGUGAAGUAUAUUUUGGGGACAAGGUUGACAAAUGUUACAAAUGUGUUGUGAAGCAAGGACACACUUUAUUUGUUCCAACAGGCUGGAUUCAUGCUGUGCUCACGUCUCAGGAUUGUAUGGCUUUUGGAGGAAACUUUUUGCACAACCUCAAUAUUGGCAUGCAGCUCAGGUGUUAUGAAAUGGAGAAGAGGCUAAAAACCCCGGAUCUUUUCAAAUUUCCUUUCUUUGAAGCCAUCUGUUGGUUUGUGGCCAAAAACUUACUGGAAACGUUGAAAGAACUGAGGGAAGAUGGUUUCCAGCCUCCAGGCUAUUUAGUGCAAGGAGUCAAGGCUUUACUUACUGCUUUAAAGUUGUGGAUGAAAAAAGAACUUGUCACAGAACAUGCCUUUGAAAUUCCAGACAACAUUAGGCCUGGGCAUCUCAUAAAAGAGCUCUCAAAAGUGAUUCGUUCUGUAGAGGAGGAAAACAGCAAGCUAGUUAAAACUCAGGGAAUUCUUGGUGUGUGUCCAACUUCACGAUCUUCACAUGAAACAGCUUCCCCUCACCACUCUAGACGACGGGUGAGGAAACUACGAGACCAUGCUACCAAAACUCCGUCUAAUCUGGACAUCCUGGAACUCCACACCAGGGAGGUACUGAAAAGGCUGGAGAUGUCACCAUGGGAGGAGGAUACCACAAGUUCAAAACUGAAUGGGAGAUUUAACAAGCCCUUUCAGCCGUCUUCUACUGUACCUGAAUGGCGAUCAAAAGACAAUGAUCUUCGCCUUCUGCUGUCAAAUGGAAGAAUAAUCAGAGAUGAGAGACGCCCAUUUACAGAUCGAAGUCUUUACACAGCAGAUAGUGAAGAUGAAGAUGACAGGACAAGGUCGAAAAAGACGACUGUUAAGGUGGAAGAACAGCCCUCAGGAUUUGGAGGAGAAGGGAAUGCAGAUGCCCAGAAACCACUGAACAUGUUCUUUGAAAGUGUGAAAUCAGAACUCAGGAAUGGAUCCUCAGUGUACUCUGAUAUUUCUGAUUCAGAAGAAUCUGAGCCUGAUUGCACUACACAGCAGAAGGAUUCCUCCACAGAGGAGUCAGAAAGCUCAGGUGAUGAAGAGAAACAGGAAGUAACAUCGAAUUUCAAAGAAGAAUCUAAGGUCACAAGAGACCUUUGUCAAAAUACCCAGAAGCCAUCCAGAAAUGAAACUCCCAGUAAAAAGGAAUGUCCUACCUCGACAAGUACAGAAGAAGAAGCUAUUCAGGGCAUGCUUUCUAUGGCAGGAUUGCACUAUACUACAUGUUUACCAGGUCAUACUCAAAGCACAGACUGCACGGAUAAACGAACCGCCCUUCAGGAACACAGAAGCUACGCCAGGAGUCGGCAUAAAGACAGACAGCCAUCUCAGAGCCACAAAACCAUAGAAUGUGGUAGGUCUGUGAAGGAAGAGGAAGGAGACUUGGGGACUUCAGCAUGGCCUAGACACCUGAACGAAGCCUCGAGGUUUGCCCCUCAGGAUACAAGUAAAACUCAAAAAUAUACCAAGAAGGAGGGCGCAUCAGAAGCCAAUCAUAAGAUUCAAGAGAACAGAAGUAUAGUCCACAACAACAGCUUGAGUUUUCAGCAUGGCAAGUAUACACGAGACUCCAGUCUAAUUCAAGGAGAAUGUCGACUGAGUGAUGGCAGCCUUAGCCCUGACAGGCCUUACGGUGAAACGUCCUUGUCUGUACCACUUCAUCCAACAAAGAGGCCAGCAUCAAAUCCACCCCCUAUCAGCAACCAGGCGACAAAAGGCAAACGUCCAAAGAAAGGAAUGGCAACUGCUAAACAGCGCCUUGGAAAGAUCCUGAAGCUGAACCGGAAUGGCCAUGCACGCUUCUUUGUUUAAUGUAGCUGCUACACCUACUACUGCUGUCUUUCCUACACAGACCAGUAUUGAGGUCGACAGAGCCUGGAGCUGCUGUUAUUCCUCGGCUUGAAGCAGACUUGCAUGUACCAUACGAAACACUGCCUGAUGAACAAAAAUGAGAAAGAAAAAAAGAAAAAAAAAA